AUGCCGAAGCCAAAGGCCAAAGGUCUCUUCUCACAAGGAGAAGAAGUAGACGUCCCACACCCACAAUUUGAGAGAGGCGGCCCGCGUGAGGGAGCAAUCCUCCUCCUCACGCCCCAGCAGCCGCAACUGGCGACACUACGGGCGUCGGGGAUCAAGGGACGAUCUCCGGCCACCGUAAGCACGGGCCUGCGGUCGGCGAGUAAGGGCAGCUCGCCGCCCGACCAGAACCAGGCCCGAGCGUACGGCGCGUAG